GGUCAACUUGUCUUUGCUUCACGCGGUUGGUCCGUCCCUAACCUGUCUGCUUCUUUAUAUUCUUUGGAGCAAUAAUGGAGGCACUCAUCUCACACCCUUAUCCCCCUGUACGCUCCUUCUCCAAGAUCCAUCCCUGCAGCUAGGAUCCUUCAAGAUUUCUUCUCCAGUAGAAGCCUCGAUUUGUAGCAGUUCAUAUCCAUAGCUACUCCAAUCAUCAGAAAUGACGAGCCUGCAGACCCAGGAGAGUCUUGCGAGUACAUUACCGACAAACCUACCAGCGACCUUUAUGAAGGAAAUUACCGCCGAUUUUUCUUCUGAGCGAGAACUUGGCCGCUCUGUAUUUGGAAUUGUUUACAAGGGUGUUCUUCCAGAGACAGAAGGGAACCGCAUGAUUGCUGUGAAGAGGCUUGCUGAGAACUCACCAGUGCCGGCUGGCAAAACAUUUGAAACUGAGGUUACAAAUCUUAUGGCACUCAAGCACAGAAAUGUAGUAGAGCUGGUUAGCUUCUGCCACGAAGGGCAGAAGAAAGUAGUUCAGCAUAAUGGGAGAUAUGUGAUAGUAGACGUGAUCGAAAGCUGUCUUUGCUACAAAUAUCUACCAAAGGGAAGUCUUGACAAGCAUCUUUAUGCGGACACGACGUCACUAAACUGGGACACACGGUUCAAAAUAAUUAAGGGGAUCUGCGAAGGUUUACAUUUCCUUCACAAGGAAUUGGAUGGGCCCCUUGUUCAUAUGAACCUUGUGCCUAGCUCAAUAUGGUUGGAUGAUAACUGGGUGCCAAAGAUUGCCGAUUUUGGUCUCUCAAGACUCUUUGGCCAAGAGCAGACCAGGAUGUACACAGUCAACGUUAAGGGAUAUAAUGGGUACAUGGCUCCAGAAUAUCUAUACAGAGGUGAAAUCUCCACCAUGUCAGACAUAUAUAGUUUAGGCAUGCUUAUUCUUGAGAUCACGACUGGAGAGAAGAACUGUGGAUAUUCUGAAGACAGAUCUGCAAGAAACUUUGUUAGCAAUGUACAUCAAAAUUGGAACACAAAUGAGCAAAUAAUACACAAGUACCCAUCACUAGAUUCAAAUGGCCUGCAGCAAGUAAAUGCAUGCAUUCUAAUUGGGCUGAAGUGUGUGGAGGCUGAACGGAACAAAAGGCCUUCCAUAGUUGAUAUUGUUGAGAAGCUCAAUGGGAAACGUGUACCAAUUUUUGACCAGGCCUCCACUUCCCAGGAGCGAUGAGAAAUGUUCUUUCCAAGGAGAGAUCAAUAUCCAAGAUGAAGUAGAACCUGCUCUAUGAUCAGAAGAUGACAUGAAUUUUCUUCUGAACAAAUAUCUACUUUUUAAAAAAAAAUAUAUAUUAGCUCUUCCUCGCAACAACGUAACUGCCACUUUACUUAUCUUUCUAAUUAGAUUUGGCACUGUAUUGUUGAAGCACUCUUCUCUCCUCUCUAUUGACCCUGUCACUGUGAAUUGGUGUGGAAUCUUUUGUGAUCUUUCAAAUUAAAUAUGGACAUACGAGAUCAGAAUCAGAAUAAAACGAAUCCAACAUAUUUCCA